AUGGCGCGGGGGGACACUGGCGGCGGCGGCGGCCGGGGGCUCCUGGCGCUGACCUUCUGCCUGCUGGCCGCGCGCGGGGAACCGCCGUUGCCCCGGGCGACGACUGUGGAGCUGAGCUGUGAUGCGGGGCCGCUGCGAGCCAUCCUGAGCCCCGAGCAGGCUAUAGCGCUAGACUGCAGCCUGGGGCCCUCUGCUGCUGGACUUCCCACCACGGUGACAUGGAGCAAGGAUGGGGACACCGUGCUGGAGCACAAGCACCUGCGCCUUUUACCCAACGGCUCCCUGUGGUUGUCAUGGCCUCCAGCAACCGAGGACAGUGACGUGAAUGACCUUGUGGACCUGGGGGUCAUUGAGGGCAACUAUACCUGCCUGGCCCACGGUCCCCUCGGAGUGGUGGCCAGCCAGGCGGCUGUGGUCAAGCUGGCCACACUGGCAGACUUCUCUCUGCACCCAGAAGCUCAGACAGUGGAGGAGAAUGGGACAGCUCGCUUUGAGUGCCACAUCGAGGGGCUGCCAUCCCCCACCAUUACUUGGGAAAAGGACCAGGUGACAUUGCCUGAAGAGCCUCGGCUCAUCUCUCUGCCCAAUGGCGUCCUCCAGAUUCUGGAUGUCCAGGACAGUGAUACAGGCUCCUACCGCUGUGUGGCCACCAACUCAGCUGGCCAGCGCUUCAGCCAGGAGGCCUCACUCAGCGUAGCCUUUAGAGGCUCGCUGGCGGCCACCAGGGAGCAGGAUGUGGUCAUUGUGGCUGCCCCGGAGAACACCACGGUGGUGUCUGGCCAGAGUGUGGUGAUGGAAUGCGUGGCUUCGGCUGACCCCACGCCCUUUGUGUCCUGGGUCCGACUGGACGGGAAGCCCAUCUCCACCGACGUCAUCGUGCUGGGCCGCACCAACCUGCUCAUCGCCAGCGCGCAGCCCCGCCACUCGGGCAUCUACGUGUGCCGUGCCAACAAGCCCCUGACGCGCCACUUCGCCACCGCGGCCGCCGAGCUCCGCGUGCUGGCGGCCCCGGUCAUCUCGCAGGCGCCCGAGGCGCUGUCGCGGAGCCGGGCGAGCACCGCGCGCUUCGUGUGCCGCGCGUCCGGGGAGCCUCGGCCGGCGCUGCGCUGGCUGCACGACGGGGCGCCGCUGCGACCCAACGGGCGCGUCAAGGUGCAGGGCGGCGGCGGCAGCCUGGUCAUCACCCAGAUCGGCCUGCAGGACGCCGGCUACUACCAGUGCGUGGCCGAGAACAGCGCGGGCACGGCGUGCGCCGCCGCUCCGCUGGCCGUGGUGGUGCGCGAGGGGCUGCCCAGCGCCCCGACUCGGGUCACCGCCACGCCGCUGAGCAGCUCCGCCGUGCUGGUGGCCUGGGAGCGGCCCGAGCUGCACAGUGAGCAGAUCAUUGGCUUCUCCCUCCACUACCAGAAGGCUCGGGGUGUGGACAACGUGGAAUACCAGUUUGCAGUGAACAACGGCACCACAGAGCUGCAAGUUCGCGACCUGGAGCCCAACACGGACUACGAGUUCUACGUGGUGGCCUACUCCCAGCUGGGGGCCAGCCGCACCUCCAGCCCCGCCCUGGUGCACACACUGGACGAUGUCCCCAGCGCAGCGCCCCAGCUCGCCCUGUCCAGCCCCAACCCCUCGGACAUCAGGGUGGCAUGGCUGCCCCUGCCCCCCAGCCUGAGCAACGGGCAGGUGGUGACGUACAAGAUAGAGUACGGCUUGGGAAAGGAAGCAGACCAGGUUUUCUCCACCGAGGUGCCGGGAAAUGCGACGCAGCUUACACUUAACUCCCUUCAGCCAAACAAGGUCUACCGGGUCCGGAUUUCGGCAGGCACGGGGGCUGGCUACGGAGCCCCCUCCCAGUGGACACAGCACAGGACACCUGGGGUGCACAACCAGAGCCAUGUCCCCUUUGCCCCUGCAGAGUUGAAGGUACGAGCAAGAAUGGAGUCGCUGGUCGUGUCGUGGCAGCCACCCCCUCACCCCACCCAGAUCUCUGGCUACAAACUUUACUGGCGUGAAGUGGGGGCCGAGGAGGAAGCUAAUGGUGACCGUCCCCCCGGGGGCCGAGGAGACCAAGCUUGGGACGUGGGACCCGUCCGACUCAAGAAGAAAGUGAAGCAGUAUGAGUUGACCCAGCUAGUCCCUGGCCGGCUCUACGAGGUGAAGCUGGUGGCCUUCAACAAGCACGAGGAUGGCUAUGCUGCCGUGUGGAAAGGCAAGACGGAGAAAGCGCCCACGCCAGACCUGCCCAUCCAGAGGGGGCCUCCCUUGCCCCCUGCCCAUGUCCAUGCCGAGUCGAACAGCUCCACCUCCAUCUGGCUGCGGUGGAAGAAGCCAGACUUCACCACCGUCAAGAUCGUGAACUACACUGUGCGAUUCGGCCCCUGGGGACUCAGGAACGCCUCACUGGUCACCUACUAUACCAGUUCUGGAGAAGACAUCCUCAUUGGUGGGCUGAAGCCAUUCACCAAGUAUGAGUUUGCAGUCCAGUCCCACGGCGUGGACAUGGAUGGGCCUUUUGGCUCAGUGGUAGAGCGCUCCACCCUGCCUGACCGACCCUCAACACCACCCUCGGACCUGCGCCUGAGCCCCCUGACGCCGUCCACUGUUCGGCUGCACUGGUGUCCCCCCACGGAGCCCAAUGGCGAGAUUGUGGAAUAUCUGAUCCUCUAUAGCAACAACCACUCGCAACCAGAGCACCAGUGGACGCUGCUCACCACAGAGGGAAACAUCUUCAGUGCAGAAGUCCACGGCCUGGAGAGUGACACCAGGUACUUUUUCAAGAUGGGGGCACGCACGGAGGUGGGGCCCGGGCCCUUCUCCCGCCUGCAGGAUGUGAUCACUCUCCAGGAAACCCUCUCAGACUCCUUGGACGUGCACUCGGUCACCGGCAUCAUCGUGGGUGUCUGCCUGGGCCUGCUCUGUCUCCUGGCCUGCAUGUGUGCAGGCCUGCGGAGAGGCCCCCACAGGGAAGCCCGCCCAGGCCUGUCUUCCACGGGCACCCCUGGGAAUCCAGCGCUGUACUCCAGAGCCCGCCUUGCUCCCCCCACUCUCCCUGUGGCCCAUGAGCUGGAGUCCCUCGUGCACCCCCGCCCCCAGGACUGGUCUCCGUCACCCUCAGAUGCAGAGGACAAGGCUGAAGUGCACAGCCUUAUGGGUGGCAGCGUUUCGGACUGCAGGGGUCACUCCAAGAGAAAGAUCUCCUGGGCUCAGCCGGGUGGGCCCACCUGGGCAAGCUCGUGGGCAGGCUGCGAGCUGCCCCAGGGCGGCCCCCGGCCCGCUCUCACCCGCGCCCUUCUACCUCCAGCUGGAACUGGGCAGACUCUGUUGCUGCAGGCACUGGUGUAUGAUGCCAUCAAGGGCAAUGGAAGGAAGAAGCAACCCCCGGCCUGCAGGAACCAGGUGGAGGCUGAGGUCAUUGUCCACUCGGACUUCAGUGCAUGCAGAGGGAGUCCUGACCUUCAUCUUCAAGGCCUAGAGCCGGAGGACCAGAUACCUGCAGAUGCUCCACCAGCCGCCUCCGCCUCAGGGCUUGUGGACCCAGCGCAGAGCGCAGGCUGGCCGGACGGGGGGCCUGGAGGUUGUGAGCGGGUAGCCCCUGGGCCAGACAGGCUCACCUGCCUGCCGGAGGCCACCUCUGACUUGUGCCCUUGCCCAGAGGCCCAGGCCAACAGGGCUGUAGAGGAGACCCCUGGAAACAGCUGCCAGCCCAAAGCCCUCUGCCCUCUAGAAGCCAGCCCGGCCCUGCCCAGGGCCCCCAUCUCCACCUCGGCUCAGCUCCCCUGAGCAAAAGGUACACUUUGAGGCAGGCUGGUCUGGCUCAUGGGACAUACAUGGCGUGUAUGUACACGUGUGUAUUGCAGAUGUCAGCCAGCAAUUCGGAACCCCUCCCCCCCCCCCGAGGGGGAUGCUUUUCGGCUUGGGAGAAAAGGACUUGACUCACUCCCCACCAUACUCUGUGACACAUAAAUGCUACGUAAGAGACAUGUGAGGGCACAGCUCCGUGGGAUAUGCACACGCGUGUGUAGUGGUCAGUGAGCUGGGAGAUACCACCCGAGGCAGCAUCACUACAGUCUCCACAAUGGGCUGGUGCCAGUCCUGUGGGCACCACCUUCAUCACCACAGCUUUUUAUUACACACUCUGAGAGUGUCUUCGAUACCCUGUCUACACAAAGACAGCCCCGGCCCCUCUGCCGUGGACUGGGCUGAGCCGAGCGCCAGUAGCUGUACAGGCCUAAAGUUGCAGCCCCGUGGCCCUUUUGUCCUUUCCCCCCUCCCCACACCCAGUUCCGCAGACUCCCCAAGGGCCAGCUUGGAUCCCCUCUCCUCCGGCAACUCUGCAUCUAAUUAAUGUAAUUUGGGAAGUGCCUGGUUUCUGAAGUCUGUUUUCCCUUGCUGUCCUCUCCUGUCCCCUUCACUGCUCCAGUGAUCUGCCUCCGGUCAACUUAUUCCCCUGGUUCAUUCCAGAGUCCCUCUUCCCCUGCCAUCUCCAUCCUUCCCUCCUGUUUCCCCUCCCCUCCAUCCUUCCUGUCUCUCUCGCCUCUCUCUGCGCUGCUGCCAUCCACUUCUGCCUGCUUUCAGCCUACGCACCCUUCCCUGACAACAUGACUACCUCAUGUCGGCUUCAGGCCAUAGUGCGACCCCGUGUCCCCGCUGCUCCCUGGCUGCUCCCUGGCCUAGCACCCUUCCCCUUCCCCGGGCAGGUGGUCCACGCCAGGCAGGCGUGGAGAAGACCUCCCAGCUCCCCUGGUCUCCUGCUCCUUAGGGCUGGGACAGGAGGCUUUGUCAGCAGGUCAUGAAUCCAGGUUGCACUAGAGAAGUUUGGUCAAAGGACUGUGACCCAGAGGCUCGGAAUAAAGUCACUGACUGCCUCCCCCCAGUGCAGGAGGGAGGCAUGUUUGCUACAUGGAAGGGGCUUCAGACCCGGGGUAAAGCUGAAGGGAUAAAAGGAAGUGGUGGCCCAGCUUCCCUUGGACCUGGGAUGGGGAGAGGACUCAUAUACCGCCCCCCCCAUGCUGGAAGGGAGGUUUAUGCAUAGGAAAUGGAUAGUGGCUUAAUUUUGUUUUGUUUUUCUUUAAAUUGGGUCCUGCAAUCAUUUUCUGUUGACCUGCACCACAGGAAUAGAUUUGGCUUUAUUUCCUGUGUGGGGAAACAGGUGUCAUUUAUCUGAUUUUUUUUUUUCACUGUCUCCUCUUCUUGGAUCUGGGGUCUUUGGUCUCUCACUGCAGCUUUUUAACUGCUUGGCACAUCAAGUGUUAACUCUGGAUUCUGGGCCAAAUUAGAAAUAACCAGUCUAUCUGCCCCUUCCUCUUCUUCUUCUUUUUUUUUUUUUAAUGGUGAAAUGUCUUUCAGCAGAGUUGCAGCCUUCUCAGACCCCGAAAGCAUCUGUGUUUAUUACCCUCGGGUGUCACUCAUGUUUGACACCUCACCUACACUUCCUCCUCCCCCCUCUCCUCAGCCAGCCUAUGAUAACACUAAAGAUGAUUAAUGUCGGUUUUGUAUCUCGUUAAAGACAGAACUGUCACUUGUACUAUUUCUGUGGCAUUCAGCGUUGCUGUGGCCAAUGCCACUGUGCGUACGCCUCUCGUUGCUCUGAAGGUCAAAAGCCUCAUUUUAUUUUGCUGGUUUGACUUUUUUUUUCCUUUCUUUUUAGGGGAAAAAAAAUAAAACUGCCUUGAAUUAAAUAGCUGUUUUAACAGUAGGCUCUGAGCAUCACACCACACAGUCAUUUUUCAUGUUCUUGUUUAACACGCACUGAGGUUCUGGUUUAAAUUAAAUAGCUGCAAAUGAGACAAUUUAUAACCCAUUAGGUUGGGUGGAAAAUUGUUUCUCAAAAGCAAAUAAGUAAUAAAUCUGUAUCUGCCUAUAACUCACAGUUGAUAAGAAAGUGGUCAUUACUCACUAGCAUUAUAUAUGAUUUGAGCUCUGAGUAAUUGGGAAGUGUUAGGUUUGAGUCUUUGUAGCAGCAUUUUUAUUAGGAAAGAGUCUAUUGGCCUUUUACAGGGUAUUAAUCCCUUUGUCUCCUACCAUGGAUGCCUUAAGUACUUUUGAGUCUCAUUAAAAAAAAAAAGUCUUCCUUUUCCUGAUGCAUGACAAGUGUAAUCAAUACUUAUCUGCACAUUUAUUUGUAUUUAGUUUAUGCCAUAUUAUUUAAUUGUUUUCCAGCAUCUUUUUUUCCUCUUUACAAAUAUGAUAUUCUUUAGUGUUAUGCUAAGGCAUUGAUCAUGUAUUUGUCCCUAUAAUGAAUUAAUAAACUAUUUUCCAGA